AUGGAGGACGAGACAGCCGGCCUAGUCGAGGAGGAAGAAGCUGAGGAAGACGAUAACGCGGAUGGCCGUGAAGAGGGAGACUCCGAAGAGGAAGAGGGUGGAGUCCAGCAGAACAAGGAGUCCUGGAAGUAUGAGACUGUGGCGAAGGAGGCCAUCCCACAGGUUGUCCUCCAGCGCUUGGGCGACAGGAUUUAUGGUGGAGAUGCAGCACCUCAGGGACCGCAGAAGGGGAAUUACACCACAGCCAUGAAGAAGAAAGGCACGGGCUCGGAAGGAGGCCGGAUUCAGAGGUCUCCCAACAAAUUCCAGCAGCUGAGGGCCCGCAUCUUCUCCGGCAACGCUGCUGCGAACAAGCGGAAGUUUCUGCGGGAGGUUGUCAAUGUUGAGAACGGGAAGCACCCUAAGGUCGCGCCUGCAGAUGCCGGUGGUGCGGCUGGUGCCUCGGGUGGUGGCGCCAGCAGUGGUCAGGGUCGAGGAAAGGGGAAGGGGAAACGGCGCAAGAUGGCUAGAGUUAACGACGGAGGUGGCGACACGAGCGGGGAAUCCCAAGCGCCCGGUGGCGACGACGCGGCGGGGGAAGACAUCGGCGAGGGAAAAAAGAAAAGUCGUCGGAAGGCAGCGCCGGUGGCGGUGGAGGAGGAUGACCAGGAGGAUCCCCCGAUGGACGUAGGCGGAGAUGACUGGGCCCCCUCGGAAUCGGAGGACGAAGAGGAACUGCGCAGCCGAGGGGGGGCUGUUGGAGAGGGCGGCAUGUCUGACGGGGACUUGCAUGACGUGGCUGACGACAGCUUACUAGACGUGGUGGAAGCAAAGCGUAAGGGUCGCCGCAGGAAAUCUGAGAAGUUCGAUCCGAAAUGUUUCCAGCUCGAGGCAAGGAAGGAGAGAGACGCACGUGACAAAGCGUUCACGGCCACCAUGCUACAAGGUGUAGGAAUGAUCCUCGGCGGGCGCGGGCAGAAGGACGAGCCAGGCGCCGCCGAUAGUGCCGGUGGUGCGUCUGGCGUGGAUCGGGGGAAGAUGGAGGCAGCGGAGAAAUCAGUUUUCCUGCUCAGAAACAUAUGGCAGGACUCGAUUUUGGCUGCGAAGGAAGGUUACGGCAGUCAGGCCGCAGUAAAAAACAAGCACGAGCUAUACCAAAAACCGUUGCCCGACUGGAGGCCUUGA